AUGAAUCGGAUCCAUCUUCUCACCAAACUCUUCCGGCGCAAUUUCUCAGCCAGUCCAUUCCAUCGCCAGCUCGACCCCUUCACUCGCCGCCUUUUCAAGCUUCCUUCUCCUCCGCCCUCGCCAUCGCAACACCACAAUGACCUCGCAUCCUUCCUCGCCCACGCAGAGCGGACCGCCCUCCCGACGACAAGCACUACCUACAUAGGCACUCACUACGAAUACACAGUUCAGCAAACCCUCCGGCACUUCGCCUUCUCUCUUCACCGAGUCGGAGGUCGUGACGAUGCAGGUGUCGACCUCGUAGGCACCUGGCACCUCCCGCAACACGAGCAUCCCCUACGCGUAUUCGUGCAAUGCAAGGCCCUCAAGACAAAGCUGGGCCCGAAUCUCGUCCGGGAGCUCGAAGGGACGUUCCGCCGGUCACCUGUGGGGUGGCGCACGGGGACGAAGAUCGGAAUUUUGGUUGGCCCUCGUGAGGCGACGAAGGGGGUUCGGGAUGCGAUGGCGCGAAGUGCAUAUCCGCUUCUGUGGAUGAUGGUUGAGCGAAACGGAGAGCUGCAUCAGGCGCUGUGGAAUGGUUGCGCUGAGGAUCUAGGUCUGGGGGCAUUGGGGGUGGAGAUGGUGUAUGGGGUUGGUGCGUUGGGCAGAAGGAUCAGAUUGACCUGGGAUGGGUCUGAAUUGCCUUCUAUGGAUCAGGUCGAGGAUCUGAUGAUGCAGCGGCAGAAUGAGUGGCUACGGCUAUGGGAUGCUGACUCUGAGAUGUCCGCGGCGCGUAGAGGAGAAUUAUUGGAUCUUGUACAGCAGCUGUAUCCUGACGAGAAGCCGCUCUUGUUAGGAGCUGGUACGUGCACUACUCUGACCGAGACGGAUAGGUCCAAGGUCCUGCAGCUGCUGCGCAACAGGCUACAAACGCCUGCUGAGAACACUGAAAGUUCAGCAUGA